UGAACCAGUGACAAUAUUUCAGCUUAACUUUCUUAAAAUGAUAGGACCAUGAUCUUUAUGGAAACCAUAACUUACUGUUAAAAAUUAAAUGCCGUGUUCUAGUGACUGAAUGUUUCUGGGCUGGUGCAUGGCUAUUGAUUUUUUUACUGCAGUGAAGCAUUUAACUAGUCAGUUGGCUUUUCAGCAAUUUUUACUUCAUCCAGAGUUCCAUGUCUGUCUUUAACUAUCUGCAUUUGAAGAAGCACUAAUAGAUGAAGGCAUGUUAUUCUGAAAGCCAAGUAGCUACAUGGGAUGUGCUUGCUUCUUCCUGUCCACCCCAUCCCCCCCACCUCUAAAAACCUUUGAGAAGUAAAGGUGUUAGUAAGCUUUUACCUGCCAAAAAGUUUUGGGAACCUGAUGAUUCAGCAAAAGAUGGACAAAAAGGGAUAUUCCUUGGUGAUGAGUGGAGAGAGACUGCAUGGGGAACUCCUCACCAUUCUAUGUCCCAGCCUAUUAUGGUACAGAGGAAGCCUGGACAGGGUUUUCAUGGAAACAGUGAAGUAAAUGCUGUAUUGUCUCCAAGAUCAGAAAGUGGUGGCCUUGGAGUGAGCAUGGUAGAAUAUGUGUUAAGUUCCUCUCCAGCUGAUAAAUUGGAUUCCCGGUUUAGGAAAGGAGCUUUUGGCACUAGAGAUGCUGAAACAGAUGGACCUGAGAAAGGAGAUCAGAAAGGCAAGGCUUCCCCAUUUGAGGAGGACAAAAACAGAGAUCUUAAACAAGGAGAUGAUGAGGAUGUUACUAAAAUAAAUGGCAGAGGUUUACCAAAUGGAAUGGAUGCCGAUUGCAAAGAUUUUAAUCGUACCCCUGGAAGUCGACAGGCCUCCCCAACAGAAGUAGCUGAACGCUUGGGCCCCAAUCCUGGCACCACAGAAGGAUUAGGUCCACUUCCCAAUCCGACAGCUCACAAGCCUCUGGUGGAAGAAUUUUCAAAUCCAGAAAAUCAGAAUCUAGAUGCCAUGGAACAAGUUGGUCUUGAUUCUCUACAGUUUGACUAUCCUGGCAAUCAGGUACAAAUGGACUCUUCAGGAGCUACUGUAGGACUUUUUGACUAUAGUUCUCAGCAGCAGCUUUUCCAGAGGACUAAUGCUCUGACUGUCCAGCAGUUAACAGCAGCCCAGCAGCAGCAGUACGCACUGGCUGCAGCUCAGCAGCCGCACAUAGCAGGCGUAUUCUCAGCAGGCUUGGCUCCAGCUGCUUUUGUGCCAAACCCAUACAUUAUCAGUGCUGCUCCUCCAGGUACUGACCCAUACACUGCAGCUGGAUUAGCUGCAGCAGCUACCCUAGCAGGUCCUGCUGUGGUUCCACCUCAGUAUUAUGGUGUUCCAUGGGGGGUGUAUCCAGCCAAUUUAUUUCAGCAGCAAGCUGCAGCAGCAAAUACCACUGCAAAUCAGCAAGCAGCUUCACAGGCACAACAGGGACAGCAGACGGUUCUGCGUGCUGGAGCAACUCAACGCCCACUUACUCCCAGUCAGGGUCAGCAAGGGCAGCAGGCAGAGUCACUUGCAGCAGCUGCAGCAGCAGCAGCAAAUCCUGCUUUGGCUUUUGGUCAGGGUCUUGCUACAGGUAUGCCAGGCUAUCAAGUACUAGCUCCCACUGCCUAUUAUGAUCAGACUGGUGCCUUAGUAGUAGGCCCUGGAGCAAGAACCGGCCUUGGAGCACCAGUCAGAUUAGUGGCCUCAACUCCUGUUAUAAUCAGUUCUGCAGCAGCACAAGCAGCUGCAGCUGCUUCAGCUGGAGGAACAGCAAACAAUCUUGCGGGAGCCACGAACGGUCUUUUUCGGCCACUUAGUGCCCAGCCACAACAACAGCAACAGCAAACAAAUAGUAGCCUACAAUCCAAUUCAUUUUAUGGCAGUAACUCUUUGACCAAUAACUCCCAGAGCAGUUCCCUUUUUUCACAUGGUCCUGGCCAACCAGGAAGCACAUCUCUUGGCUUUGGAAGUAGCAGCUCUUUAGGAGCAGCUAUCGGCUCUGCACUUGGUGGAUUUGGCUCAUCAGUUGGCAGUUCUGCAAGUAGUAGUGCCACAAGGAGAGAUUCUCUAUCUACUAGCUCUGACUUGUACAAAAGAUCUAGUAGCAGCCUAGCACCCAUAGGGCAGCCAUUUUACAAUAGUCUGGGAUUUUCCUCCUCUCCAAGUCCAAUAGGCAUGCCUCUGCCAAGCCAAACGCCAGGACAUUCACUUACGCCACCGCCAUCACUUUCAUCACAUGGAUCCUCAUCCAGUUUGCAUUUAGGAGGACUGACAAAUGGUAGUGGUCGCUAUAUUUCUGCAGCACCUGGAGCUGAAGCAAAGUAUCGCAGUGCAGCAAGUACCUCCAGUCUCUUUAGCUCCACCAGUCAGCUCUUCCCUCCUUCACGCCUUCGUUACAGUAGGUCUGAUAUUAUGCCUUCUGGACGUAGUCGGUUGCUGGAAGAUUUCAGAAACAAUCGUUUCCCUAAUCUUCAACUAAGAGACCUUAUUGGACAUAUUGUUGAGUUUUCCCAAGACCAGCAUGGUUCUAGAUUUAUACAGCAAAAGCUGGAGCGAGCUACUCCAGCUGAGCGCCAGAUGGUAUUUAAUGAGAUCCUGCAAGCAGCAUAUCAAUUGAUGACUGAUGUGUUUGGAAACUAUGUAAUACAGAAGUUCUUCGAGUUUGGAAGCCUGGAUCAGAAGCUAGCCCUAGCAACACGCAUACGUGGUCAUGUUCUGCCAUUAGCCCUGCAGAUGUAUGGUUGUCGCGUUAUUCAGAAAGCACUUGAGUCAGUCUCGCCUGACCAGCAGGUAAUUAACGAAAUGGUGAAAGAAUUGGAUGGUCAUGUCCUGAAAUGUGUGAAAGAUCAAAAUGGAAACCAUGUUGUACAAAAAUGUAUUGAGUGUGUUCAACCCCAGUCACUCCAGUUCAUCAUUGACGCAUUUAAAGGACAGGUAUUUGUACUUUCAACUCAUCCAUAUGGUUGUAGAGUAAUUCAGCGUAUUCUGGAACACUGUACUGCUGAGCAGACUUUGCCAGUCUUAGAAGAAUUGCAUCAACACACAGAACAACUAGUGCAGGAUCAAUAUGGAAAUUACGUUAUUCAACAUGUACUGGAGCAUGGCCGUCCUGAAGACAAGAGUAAAAUAGUUUCAGAAAUAAGAGGAAAAGUUCUAGCUCUCAGUCAGCACAAAUUUGCCAGCAAUGUGGUAGAAAAAUGUGUGACUCACGCUUCUCGUGCUGAGCGAGCUUUACUUAUUGAUGAGGUCUGUUGCCAGAAUGAUGGUCCUCACAGUGCCUUAUACACCAUGAUGAAGGACCAGUAUGCCAACUAUGUUGUUCAGAAGAUGAUUGAUAUGGCUGAACCUGCUCAGCGGAAGAUAAUAAUGCACAAGAUUCGACCCCACAUCACAACUCUGCGUAAAUAUACCUAUGGCAAACACAUUCUGGCCAAGCUGGAAAAGUAUUACCUGAAGAACAGUGCUGAUCUGGGGCCAAUUGGUGGACCACCAAACGGGAUGCUGUAAAAGUCAAAAAGAAAUGGAAGAAAAAUGGAAUUGUGAAUGAUCAAAGCAUACAACUUAACUGUAAAUGUUCUGAUUUUUUAAAAUCUAUUUAUUGACUUUGUUCAUCCAUUUGUAAAAUUUUUAUUCUUGUGUAUAUUUUUGGGGAGUGAAUUAUUAAAAAAAAAAAGAAAAAAAUAUCUCCAGCCCUGAUGCGGAGACCUAUCAGAUUGGAUGGCUGGCAAAGCACAGAAUGCCUGUAUAUGAUGUAAUUGUAUCAAAAUAGCUGUCACAUAUUUUGUAAAUUUUUACCUUGUAAAGUCACUGAAAUAGUUUUUAAAGGGAAAAAGUACAGUAUUCUUUUAAUACACUGGCUUGCAAUCUGGUAGGUCUACACAGCAUCAUAGCACAACAGGUUUAUAGAGUUGUAUAUAGAAUUAAUCCUUAUUUUUUCCCUUUUGUGUGAAGUCUUUUAUACCAGAUUAAAAUUGAUCAGCUGCAUAAACAUUAUUUAACAUGUCCAAAAGUUAAGUUGUAUUUUGGUGGUUCACAACAUACUAUCCAAAUAAUAAACAGGGCACAGCAAAUUAAAAUAGGGAUGAACAAAACAGAGGAAACUUUAAGACUAGUUUUAACCACUUGCUGUAGAUACAGGUAUUUUUUAAAUGGUGCCCUAAGGUUUCCUCUAGCAAUUAAAAAUGAAAGUGCUGUAUAUACUUAUAUAUUUAAUUGUUGUAUGAAGUAGAGGGAUUAAAAUGAUGGUGGUACUUCCAUUCAGCAAAGUACACUGUUGGAAGAGGAGUGAAGCCUGUAUUAACUUUACAGUCAGUUUUACAAUGCAGGAAGAGUAGAGAUUUGUAUUUUUUUUUAUUUUGCAUAUAGAAUUAAUUGUAAGGAUUUGAAAGUGUUGAGCAUUUAUUUUGCUUUCUCACCAUAGAUGCAAAACCAAGAUAGGUAUUGAUGAAAAG